UAAAAAUAGUAACAAUAAAUAUAUGUUUCAGUUGACGUUGAUAAUCAACUUAUGAAGUUUAUAGUAGACUGUCGCAUUUGUGAAAUAUACUCAUGGCAAACAACUGAGAUAUAAAGGUUACUUUAAAAUAUAUAUAUAGAUAACAUAAUUUAAAAGUGGUAAACAUCAAUUUAGAGAAGUUAAAUUGGUUUUCUUAAAAUGGUUAAAGGUUGAGACUUUGUUGAGAGCUGACCAUAAAGUGACAUGCAUCUCUGUUAUGUAGACGAUGCAACUACUAGUCAAAGUGCUAAGACUAAUGACUCAUGCAAGUUUUACUACUCGUUUGUCUCCACCUCAUCUACUUAAUUUCUACAACUAAAUCAAUUUACUCGUUUAUGUCUCCACCUCAUGUAGCUAGCCCCUUGGAAUAAGUUUUCUAAUAAAGUUUGGUUUGAUGUCAAUUAAAAAAAGAACUAGUAUAAAUGAAUAAGUCUAAAGACCAUUUGAAAAGUACAAUUCACCUAUAAAUAAGCUAGAUGAGUUUGCUUCUUUCUCAUACUCAUUUCUCAUUAAGCUCUUAACAUACAUAAACAGAGAGAAAAUGCUAGGGUACUACUUUGGGUUCAUUCGCUCUAGAAAUGUAGAUGCGUUCUCGCAACAAAACCUUCACUCCCUGAUAACGGAGGCGACACCCCUCGCUCAAGUUUAACCUCCAAACGCCGCCCUCACAUAGCCAUCGGCCGCGGAUCAAAUGGUCUGACCUACGUAGGCUUCGACGUGGAAUUACCAGAUCUGCCUCUUAAUUUCUCCAUCCACGCCGUGCAGUUCCUUGUCGUCAGCCUCAAACUCAAUUUCGACCUAGCACUCCGUGACUUAGCCAUCUCCAAUGAUGGCUCCCACUACUACGCGCCAUGCGGUCAUUGCUGCCAGUUCCUUCAAGAAAUCAACAAGGGUAAUGAAAUUCAAACCUUGAUCACGGAGCCAACCGGCCCUGGAUUCAUGCCCCUUGAGAUGUUGCUUCCGCAAAGUUUCAGCCGCUACAGUACCAUCUCGGAUGAUGUCCCUGACGUACUCCUGCUGCGCGAUAAUGGCCUCACCCUCAAAAACAGUUAUGGCGUGUUCAAGGAGAUGGCUCUAGCGGCGGCGAACAGAUCGUAUGCGCCGCACAGCAAUGCUCCGUCGGGAGUGGUGCUGUGUGAUCGCGGUGGGAAGAUGUACAGUGGAAGCUAUCUUGAAUCGGUGGCCGAUAUCCCUAGUUUAGGGCCACUACAAGCUGCGCUCGUCAAUUUCGUGAUCGAUACAGGCGGCAGAGAGUUCAAGAAUAUUGUCGUAGCAGUGCUUGUGGAAACACGUUCGAGUUUUCCUCAAGCGGACACGGCGAAGAUGAUUAUACAGAAGAUAGCCCCCGAGUGUUCGUUCAAUGCCUACCAUGCACAGUCCUCCUAAUAAUGUUGGAAACGUAACGUUGAAUACACCUCCAAACCAAAAGAUAUAUCUAUAAUUCGCAGUUGUUGAAAAAUUGAUGCCUAUUUUAUAAGAUGAUGAUAAAGAAAAGUGAAAAUGCAAGGGAAAACGCUAACGCCCACUAGGGCAAUGACAAUUUGUCUUGGUUAUUACAAUUUGAAUGAUAAAUAAAAUAACAGAAUCAUUAUUAUGCUU